AUCAUCCUCUACUACUCCCACUCAGACCAAACAUCAUAAAUUUCAACUUUUCCAUAUCCAUUACUGUAUUUUCUAUUUUUGGUUCUACCUGAACGGCAGUUUUUGUUUUUCUAAAAAUAAAAAACCAACCAACACCCAACACAAAAGUAAACACCCUUUUCCCUUUCCUUUCAAUAAACAAGAUUUAAAAAAAGAAGAAGCUUUCUUUCUUCGUUAGAUAUUUUCAUUUUCCUCUCUGUUCUUCUUCUCUCUUCCUUAAAAGAGUUUAAUUUGUUUGCAUUUCAUGCAAAAAAAUUACAUUAGCCUAAAAAGAAGUUAUUUUUUUUUUUUGUUUUUCCCUAAGAACUUCGUUUUCCACAAUCUUGUUCUGUGUGAAAUAAAGAAAAAAAGUUCAACAGCUCAGAGUUUUAUUGUCUUUCCCAAAUCUGUUUUUUUUUUUUUUUUCUUUUUCUUCAGACAUCUUUUAAAAAUCUCGAGGUUUAUGCAUUUUUAUGAAUCUUCUGUACAAGUUUGAUUUUUUUUUUUGUUUGUUUGUUGAAAAAUCUGAAUUAGGGUUUUAGAAUUGUUUCUUUGAGCAAUGUUGCUUAAGACAUUGUUCAAAUUCAUAUGAAACAAUUUUUAUACAUAUAAUUCCACUUCAAAUAACAAAAACUUUGUUUCAAAAAUGUUGUCAGUUUCAACAUCUAGUAUAGUUCGUAGUUCAUUAGAGGAAAUGUUAGAAUCUCUUAAACAAAGAGAUGAAAAUGAGAAACCAAAAGAUUUACCACCCGCUUUACCGACCCGACCCAAAUUAAAAUCCAAGACUAGGCCUCCAUCACCAAAGAGAAUUUUAACGAAAAGUAUCGAAAAAGAGGGUGUUGUUAAAUUGGAGAAUUGUAAGAAGGAAGAAGAGUGUAAUGUGUUGAAAAGAAAUGGUUUUGGUGGUAUGAAGGUUAAAGAAAGGGAAGUUAGUGAAUCGCCGUAUGUAAAGAAGGAAAGUAGAAAGAGAUUGUGGGAUGAAUGGGAUGAUCGAAUGGAUUAUUUCGUUAAGAAGAAGCUUUGCAUCUGGUGUCGCUUGAGGAAUGGACAAUGGGUAACAGGACAGAUUCAAUCAACUUCAGGAGAGAAAGCUAUGGUAUUACUUUCUGAUGGCAGUGUUGUGACAGUGUCUGUAGGAGAGGUAUUACCGGCUAAUCCGGAUGUUCUUGAGGGUGUGGAUGAUCUCAUGCAGCUUAGUUAUCUGAACGAGCCAUCAGUUCUUCACAACCUUCAACAUAGAUAUGCGCGGGAAAUUAUAUAUAGUAAGGCAGGGCCUGUUUUAAUAGCCAUCAAUCCCUUCAAAGAAGUCCAAUUGUAUGGGGACGAAUUUAUUACAGCUUACAGACAGAAGCUCUUGAAUGAUCCUCAUGUUUAUUCUACUGCUGACUCUGCCUACGAUCGAAUGAUGGAAGAUGAAAUAAGUCAAUCUAUCAUCAUAAGUGGGGAAAGUGGAUCUGGGAAGACGGAAACAGCAAAGAUUGCAAUGGAAUACUUGGCUAAGCUUGGUGGAGGCAGUAACGGGAUAGAGAAGGAGGUGCUGCAAACAAGCUACAUAUUGGAGGCCUUUGGGAAUGCCAAAACUUCCAGGAACAGCAACUCCAGUCGAUUUGGAAAGUUGAUUGAAAUUCAUUUUAGUGCAACAGGAAGGAUAUGUGGUGCUAAAAUACAAACCUUACUUCUUGAAAAGUCGAGAGUGGUUCAACUGGUCGAUGGAGAGAGGUCCUACCAUAUCUUUUACCAACUAUGUGCCGGGGCUCCACCUACUUUGAGAGAUAAACUUAAGUUAAAAGGUGCAUCAGAAUACAAAUAUCUCAUCCAGAGUGACUGCUUGGAGAUCCAUGAUGUUGAUGAUGCCGAGGAAUUUCGUAAGCUUAUGGAAGCCCUAAAUACUGUUAGGAUUUCUGGAAGGGAUCAAGAGCAUGCUUUUCAGAUGAUUGCUUCAGUUCUAUGGUUGGGAAAUAUAACAUUCCAAGUAAUUGACAAUGAAAGCCAUGUUGAAGUUGUGCAAAGUGAAGCUGUUACAAAUGCUGCUAGCUUGAUUGGCUGUAGUGUAAAUGAGCUCAUACUAGCUUUAUCCACAAGCCAAAUACAAGUCCGCAAAGAUAAAGUUGCCAAGAGUUUAACUAUGGAGCAGGCAACUUAUAGAAGAGAUGCAUUGGCAAAGUUCAUUUAUGCAAACUUGUUUGACUGGAUAGUAGAUCAAAUGAACAGAAACCUUGCAAUGGGUAAAGAACAGACGGGUAGAUCCAUAAAUAUUCUAGACAUUUAUGGUUUUGAAUCAUUUAAGAGAAACACCUUCGAACAAUUUUUCAUAAACUAUGCAAAUGAGAGGCUCCAGCAGCAUGUCAACAGACAUCUAUUGAAACUCGAGCAAGAGGAAUAUGAAUUGGAUGGAAUUGAUUGGGCAAAAGUAGAUUUUGAAGACAACCAAGAGUGCCUGGACCUUUUUGAAAAGAAACAUAUUGGGCUUAUAUCUUUGUUGAAUGAAGAAUCAAAUUCACUAAAAGCCACUGAUUUGACCUUUGCGAGUAAACUUGAGCAGGAAAUCAGAACUAACCCUUGCUUUAAAAGCGAAAGAGAAGGAUUUUCUAUUCGCCAUUAUGCUGGAGAGGUAACUUAUGAUGCAACUGGCUUCUUAGAAAAGAAUAGAGAUGCGCUGCAUCCUGACAUAAUUCAGCUACUCUCAUCAAGUGAAAGCCACCUACCUGAAGAUAAAAAAUUCUCAAUUCCAUCAACCUAUACAAGGGUGCCAGAUGUUCAGUAUCAAAGUGUUGCAACUAAGUUUAAGGAUAAUUUGUUCAAAUUGAUGCAGCAGUUGGAAAAUACCAUACCACACUUUAUAUGUUGCAUAAAACCAAAUAAUAAGCAGCUUCCUGGCAUGUCUGACAAAGAUCUUGUCAUAGAACAGCUCAGAUGCUGUGGUGUUCUUGAAGUGGUUAGAAUAUCAAGAUCUGGCUAUCCUACUAGGUUUACACAUCAAGAAUUCACAAGCAGGUACGGCUUCCUUCUGCCAAAGGAUAAUGCAUGCCUAGAUCCUUUAAGUAUGUCAGUUGGCAUUCUUCAGCAGUUUGGUAUUCUUCCGGAACUGUACCAAGUUGGGUAUACAAAGUUAUAUUUCCGAGCAGGACAGAUUGCUGCAUUGGAGGAUGUAAGGAACCAAGUUCUGCAAGGUACUCUAGAGGUGCAGAAGUGCUUUCGUGGCCAUCGUGCUCGUCGGCACUUCCAUGAGCUGAAAGGAGGAGUAAUCAUACUUCAAUCAUUUAUUCGUGGUGAAAUAGCAAGAAUGCAGUAUAAUACUAAAGUGGGGUCUAAAGGGAAGGUUGCCUGCGAAGAAAGCGAUGACCAGCUGGUGGCUGUUGUGCAGAUACAAUCAGCUAUUCGUGGCUGGUUGGCUCGAAGGGAUCUUAGUAAACUGCAGAAUUCAAAAAUGUUAAAUGUAGACACACGAAAAACUGGCAGGAAAACGCAGGUCAAGGAGUUGCCUCGAGAAAUUUUACCUUCUGUUGUAGAAGACCUCGAAAGACGGGUUUUAAAGGCUGAGGCAACCCUUGAACAGAAGGAAAAGGAAAAUGCUGCCCUGAAGAAACAAGUAAACCAAUUCGAGGCCCAAUGCUUAGAAUAUGAGGCCAAGAUGAGGUCAAUGGAGGAGAUGUGGCAAAACAAAAUUACAUCAUUGCAGGCUAGUCUAGCUGCAGCCAAGAACAGUCUUGGUGCUGGUGAUACUACUGGUCGACCUGGAAAACUCGAAGGUUCCCCAUCUCCUCACUAUUAUGAUUCUGAUGAUGCAACAUCUAUGGACACUCCUGCGGGGCACACUCCAGUUAGAUUUUCUAACAACAGCUUUGGUGUUGGAGCUAAUAAUAGAGAGGUUAACGGUGGUUUAUCCUUAGUCAGCCACCUUAAUAUGGAAUUUGAGCAGCGGAAGCAGAAUUUUGAUGAUGAAGCCAUGGCAAUUGUUCAAUUGAAGCCAGGGCAGUUACAUUCUACUAAUCCUGCAGAUGAGUAUCGAAGAUUGAAACGCAGGUUUGAGGAAUGGAAAAAAGAUUACAAGGUCCGGUUAAAGGAGACAAAGACAAAAGUACACAAGCUUGGUUAUUCUAAAGCAGGGAAGACUCGUAGGAAAUGGUGGGGUAAGAAGAGCAAGUGAUUUUAGCUUCUCAUUUUCUUCUUUAGGGUGUUAAAAUGUAUAGGUGAAUCGAAUUUCCCCAACUAUCAUUGGUAAUGUAGCAGAGUUGGUGGUGAUUGGGAAAUAGUAUGUGUGCUUAGUUGCGGAUCCUCUGUGAUCCCUCGGCUAGAUAGUUAAGAGCUUGUUUGUGAAUAGGCUGUUGUAAACAAUGCUAGGUUUUGGAAGUACAUCAGAUAGCUUGCGAAAAAAUGGGACUCUUGAGUUUUCCUAGUCCACAUGCUUUUGCAUUAGCAAAUGUUGUAAUUAGUUGUUGUUAUGAAAGAUGGUGAUCAAUUGCAGAAAAGUUAUUACUUGAUUGUUCACAACUCCACAAUGAGUAGCCAAAUGUGAUGGUGUUUUGCAUAUGAGCAUUCUUCUUGUUUCUCCCUUCAACUCUUUCACCAAUGUUGACCUACUUUUGUUAUGUGUAGGCUAUUCGUACGACUCUCCUUCACUUUAAAAAGUGUUAAAUCUUUGUCAUGUCAGUACGUUUACUUCAAGUCCAAGGUUUUUUAGGAGUCUUUUAGUCAUGUAUGAGACUUUUAUGCUAGUAAAAUAUAUAGAAUAUUUUGCGCUUUUAUUUUAAUUUUAUGUAAUAUUCAAUUGAGAUGAGCUUGAAUGGAGUGAUAGAUAGUGAAGGUUCAUAUGAUUGCUUGCGAUUGAAGCAUAUCUGUUGUUGUCGUAAUAGUCAAAUGAAAUGCUAGUGGUUCUGAAACUAGUGGUUCAAGUGUAUGUAUCGCGCGGUAAAAUAGUUUUCAUCUGCCAAAUAUUUGCAUUAUGAAUGAUUUAAGUGGUACAAGCCUCUUAUGGAGGAAGUCAAAAUGUUAAAUCUAAGAUCCAGGAGCAAACUUAGUAGCAAAAACCCAUGCAUUGUUAGCAACGGGGUUGUCAAGGUGAUCCAAGAGGUUCUCGAGUGGGCCUUUUCCAGUUACAAUAGCUUGAACGAAGAAUCCGAACAUGGAGAACAUAGCCAAUCUUCCAUUCUUGAUCUCCUUAACCUUGAGCUCGGCGAAAGUAGUUGGGUCAUCUGCUAAGCCCAAUGGGUCAAAGUAUUGGCCACCUGGGUAGAGAUUGUUGCCUUCACCAACUCCAGGUAGCCCAUUAAUUCUAAAACCUUCUACAAGGCCCAUUAGAACUACUUGGAAGCCCAAUACUGCUAGAAU